AUAACAUAAAAUUGUUUUUUAAAUAUGUCGUGUUAGUUAAUUGUGUUUUUGUGUAUAUUAAAUAAUUGACGUUGCUAAUAUGUCAGAUGGUACAAAUGUAACAAAUGGAUUUGAACAACCCAUUAGUAAAAACUUUAACAAGUGGUUACAUUGUAUAUGUAUUGUUACUUUUGACUUAGAAAUAGGACAGGCACUUGAGUCUGUUUUUCCAAAAAAUGUGAAACUGACUAAACAGGAAAUUUCAAACAUAUGUUACCUAGCAUUCCCUGACUCGAAUUCAGGCUGCAUGGGUGACACAAACUUUAUAAUAAGACUGCAAACUACCCAGGGUAAAAAGCAUCUAAAUCAAGAAUAUGAAAAAUAUAACUCAAAAUGUCCAACGGCACUUCAAAUUGAUGGAUCAUAUUAUUGGGGAUAUGUUUACUUUAGACAAGUCAAAGAUAUUACAUUGCCAAGAGGAUAUUUUCAAAAGAGCGUUGUGAUAAUUUCGCUUCUUCCAUUUAAUAAUCUGUUUAGUAAAAUCUGUAGUUUUAUAGCUCCUGAAUAUUUUCGUUGUGGAGAAGUUAGUCUAGAAGCAGCCUGCUGCAAUAUUGACCAAUGGCCACCACCUACACCUGGAAUUACACAAACUUUGCCAUUAUUAGGUUCAAAUUUUACAUCUACCAUUCCAAAUUCAGCAAGUUGUACACCAGACAGCAGUUACGUAGAUAAUAUAAAUUUAUUUGAAAUUUUGCAACCUGUACUAUCUCAUUUACAUCUAUUAUGGGAACUAGUACUAACAUCUGAACCUAUUGUGAUAAUGGCAUCAUCACCUACUCACUGUUCAUCAAUGGUUUUAGCUUUAACUAGAAUUAUUAAUCCACUUCAAUAUUGUGGCGAUUAUAGGCCAUAUUUUACAAUCCAUGACAGUGAAUUCAAACAAUUCACCAACAGAAUUCAGGGACCUCCACCAGUCAUCAUUGGCGUAACAAAUCCUUUUUUCGCAAAAACAUUACAUCACUGGCCUCAUACAAUACGUUUAGCAGAGGAUGCAGUUUCAAUACAAAACAAAUAUAAACUGAAGAAAACUGCUCCAAUGAAAUUUAUAGACAACAAUCCAGGGGUGUAUACUGCUUAUAAGUCAUUCUUGCAGAAAGACAAAACUAUUAUUAAAAAAAUUAUGAACGGCGUCAAUUCUAAAAGGCCAAAUGAAGUGCAAUCAGCUUUGUUAAGAAGACAUCUUUUAGAAUUAACUCAAACAUUCAUGAUCCCCCUUGAAAGGUAUAUAGCGAGUCUCAUGCCCCUUCAAAAGAGCAUAUCUCCAUUUAAAGCUGCACCAAUUCCUCUUCCAUUUAAUCCAGAUAAAUUUUUUGCGAGUUUGGAAAUGGCUGGUCCCCAAUUAACAACUCCAAUUAAGGGAGAUUGGAUAGGUUUAUACAAAAGGUUCUUUCGAUCCCCGAACUUCAAGGCUUGGUUCCAUGAGAGAUAUGCUGAAUUGACUUCAAAGUUGCAAGCUUUACAUUUGGAAGCUCUUGCAAAAGCAGACCUUAAGGAUUGGGUUCAGGGUAAACCUGAGGUAGAAGUAGUUGACAUGAUAAUAAAAAUGAAGAACAAAAUUAACAAAUGUCGCGAGAAUGACAUUCCAGUUAGUGAAUCUAUCAAACAACAAUUAAACCAGAGGUUGAAUGACAUCCUGAGUCAGCUACCUGAUGAUCUGAAGAAUAUUUUGCAAGUUUCUUGAUACUUGCUCUAUGGUAGAUAUAUUAUAUGAAUAAGUGUGGCUCAAGAUUUAAUGACUAUAGUCUUAAAUCAUUAAAAGUAAAGAGUAAAUUAAUUUUGAAAGGUUGGUCUAUUUUUAUAUGACCUUUUUAAUUUCAACAAUAUGUUAUAUUAAUAUCCUUUGUAUAGAAUACUUUUUUCCAUUUUUAAUAUGUUUCUUGAUUGUAAUUGAUAGACAUAAGUGUGUUUUCAAUUUAAAACAUUAUAUUGGGUCAAUUAUAAUGUAAUAAAAAGAAGGAAAUUCACAAGUUAUAGUUAUAGUUAUUUCUUCUUUCUGAUGCCUUAACUUUAUUUUAAAAUUAUUAUUAUUAUUAUUAUUAGUUAUUGUUAACUUAUGAAUUCAACUCAUACAUUAGCUUUCUCUAAACACAUCCAGUUAAACUAAGGCGUUGUCAGUGAGUAUAAAGAUAUACAACCUCCUUGUUCAUUUUUUUCUUCUGAUUUUACCAUUCAAUGUCGAUUCGAUUAUAAAUGAGUAAAGUUACUAUAUGUUAACAUAUAGACACAAUUUUAUUAAUUUCUAAUUGUGGUAUACAAAUUUAAAUAAAUAGUGAUUUGAAUUGAAAGCAUGUUACACAAUUUUGUUUAUACAAAUGUAUCAAUAUUCUAACCUUUCAACUAAAUAUAAUACAUAAAAAUAAAAAUUUUUGAUACGCAGUUUUUCAAAGAACUUAAGAAAACAAAUGUAUUUUUUACAAAAAACAUUCAAAUGGUGUUGUGAAUUAUGUGUCAAUUUUACCCAACCGGGUAUCCGAUUGUCUGAAUAUUGUUAAAGGUCUUUUCACAUAUUGAAAACUCAACUACAGCAGUUAUUUGAUGUGAUUUAUUUUUGUCCAUAAAUUUGUGCAAAAAUUUACACCCCAUACUUACUAACACUUCUGUUUUGGGUCAACAGGUUUAUACACACGUGGAUUUACUUGUGCUCUAGUUUAAAAUUUCUUGCACAUCAAAUACAUGUAUUUUGGGGUCAAGCUUUGUAUAUGUAUGUAAUGUGUCUAAAAAGAAAUUAGUUCUCUUAUUUUUUUUUUUAAUUAAAAAUAGAUCUUUUGUUUCUGUUUGUUUCCAAAUAACUCUGUGAGGUGAGAGUAGAGUGAAAAAAUACUGUACAUACGAACAAUUUAAUAUGAGAGUUUUCCGGACAAAUUUAGCGAUCUCUAAUAAAUAUAAUAAAUGUUGUAUACUCUCCGGAAAAAUGUCCGAUCAUAUUCUCUAAAAAGUUACGAAAAAUUGCUAUUGAAUUUAAAAUUCAACUGACUUCAAUGAAAUAAUUAUGUCACUAUUAUUAAAUGUUAUUAAGAAGAUUUAAGAAGAACGAGGAAACAAACUGUUUGAACUUACAACCAACUAACUAAAAUGUAUUGGAAUUUUUCGUUAAUAAUUACUUUUGUUUAAAGUUAGGUACCAUGGCCAAGUUUAGACAUCAGUAGACACACUAGUAAGGAAAAUUUCACAUAACAGGUUUGCGAUGAAAUAGUUUUUUAAGGACGUACGAUUUUUGUAAGAAUAUGAAGUCAGUUUUAGAGUACAAUUUUUUUAAUAAAUUUUCAUAUAAAUAAUUUCUAUAUUGUAUUGUUUAAGAGAAUUAAAAUAUUUUGAUCAGUU